AUGGAUCUUGGGAGCAGAGGAAGGAUCCACUGCAACAUGAGACUCACGUGCUCUCUGCUGAUCAUGGGAGCGUUCUGUGUGGUGGCACCUUCCCUCUGCCAGAGCCACACUGAUCCGCUGGCUCUUGGGCGAGCAGACCCUCAGUGCUGGGAAUCCUCCUCAUCUGUCUUGCUGGAAAUGAGGAAGCCUCGCAUUUCUGACUCUGUCAGUGGCUUUUGGGACUUCAUGAUUUUCCUGAAAUCCUCAGAGAACUUGAAGCAUGGGGCUCUGUUCUGGGACCUGGCUCAGCUCUUCUGGGAUAUCUAUGUGGACUGUGUGCUCUCCAGAACCCACGGCCUGGGCAGAAGGCAGCUGGCAGAAGCUGAACAGAAGAUCACUACUCUGCAUUCUCAGUUCACACGGAAAAAACAAGGGACAUUUUCUCAUAUUCAGCGAAUGGCAAUUCUGAAGAAGAAAGAUGUAUUUGAAGAUUUAAUAAGUAUCCAUGUGCAAAAGAGUAGAUCUACAUUACUUGGAAGAGUCACUGGGGAUCUAGGCAAAAAGAGGAAAUAA